AUGUUGAAAAAUCACGGAACGAUGGUACCCGUAGUGGUGAAGAGGCGUCUUGUCAGCGUAUCUGCCAAGGUGCUCGUGGUGUUCUUGGGUGUGAUAUUCUUGACCGUUGUGACGUUUGAUGGGUUACUGCAGACAACGAGCAUUCGGGAAGAAUAUCUGUCAAGCGAAUUUGUCAGAAAUGCAAGACCUCUCAGGAAAACCAGUCCUCCAAAUUUUGGGAUCAAGUCUGUUCAAACAGAAGUUCAGAUGCCACCUCACACAACGCCCAUUCAUGACACAGAGGAUGAAACUACGACAAUGAUGAGAUUGCACGUUCCGAGCAAGACAAGAGACUCUGCCAAUAACUUCUUCAGCACUGACAUUCGCAUAAGAGUGCAUAGGAAAAACGAUGGUGCUAGUUUGCGUUUACAGCCUAUCGGUACAAACGUACCACCUACCAAUGACGUCUCAAAACAGAAACCAGAGGACAAGACCACCAGUGGAUCAGCGGGACUUGCCGAAACAAGAAGCUCAUCGCACAACAGUUCAAGCGAGACCAUCAAUGAGGCAAACAAUGCAGCCUCUGGUUCUGCGAGAAAUAUCUCAGGUGAGCCGAGCAGCGUCAAUUCCCCGUCCUUCUUCAUCUCCACGAUGAAACCUGACGAAAGUCGUAAAACGGAAAUGCCGUCUUCUCUUUCCGACACGGUAGAACCUGCGAUGUCCCUUGGCGAGACACUGGAGCCUAGCAUCAUGCAACCUACAGAAGUUCCAAUGACCAGGGAUAGUACAAUUUCCCUUGACGAGACGCUCGAGCCUAGCAGCAUGGAACCAACAGAAUUUCCAACGACCAGCAAUAGUUUGUCUUCCAGCGAAACAGCACCUGCCAUAGAGGUUCUAGCAGACAAGACCGGAUCCAUGAUGCCCACAAAUAGCAAUGCCAAACAGGGUGAGUUGCACCUCAACCAGACUUCCAAUACCACAACAAUCACUGCGGACGAUCUUGAGACCAACAACAGGACUAGUUGGGAUUCUGGGUCAACUGUCAAGCUAACCACCAAUGCCGCAGCACAAAUAAACGCUAUCACAGCAGCGCCACUCAGGAACGAGACAGUCAGCCAAGCCCCAGCACAGACUGCGCCACCAUCCUACAACACAAGCUCUGUGGCAAACACAACCGUGACCAGUGAUCCCAAGCUUUUAGCUAGCUCGAGGGCUCCUACAAAAGUCAACUCUGGUCAACGGCCUGAAGCAAUACACGUUACAAGUGCUCCCAUAGAUAAGGAGGAAGAGUUCUGUGUCCCGUGGUCCCAGAGUGCUGAUGAAUGGUGGGUACACAAACCAGACUGGGAAAUGGGAAAGGAAAAUGAUACCCACUACUGUUUCCAAAGAAUUCAAAAUGUGGAAAAGCGAGAACUUCUUGUCAAACUACACCAUAUACAAUUUGAAGGGAAUUGCAGCAAUACACUGACCAAACGAAUGUGGAGUUCUGGCUGGAAUGCUGACUUCAUGAAUGUCAUCGAUGGUUUCCAGCAUGCUGUUUUGAACAACCGACCAAUGCAAGUUGUCGAUGCACCCUGGCAUUAUGCUGACCCGUUUGGGGCCAAGCCACACUUUGCUGCCUACAAGGGAAUCCAACCUGCCUGCAAGCGAGGAACAAUGUUUUGCUAUUUUCUUCCCUUAUCCAACUGCCCCGCUGCCCCUGAAGGUGACAAAAGAGUCCUGUUGGAAAAGCCAUUCUUUGACACCAUAACCUAUCAAUGGUACUAUGAAUAUGCCACUCGGCGGCAGACUUGGCUUCGGAAAUUUGUUUAUGAUUUCAGAAAAAGACAAGCAAUCAAAACACCUUGCACGGCAAUGCACGUCCGCCGUUCAGAUGUAGUCCUCCACAAGGAUCAACUAAAGCGACAGUACUUUCCAAUCAAGGACUACAUGAAGAAUUCCUACAACGUUCAACACAACAUCUUUCUUUUGACAGAUGAUGCCAAUGCCAUUGUUGAAGCACAGAAAGAGUUCCCAGAGUACAACUGGAUGUAUAUGCAUCGACCCCGCUUCCGGGCUUUCGAAGGAGGAUUUGAGAAUCAGUUUCCAUCAAAGCAACCGGUCUUUGAAGUCAUUAUGUUGCUAGCAAUCUUUGAGAUGGUCAAAUCAUGUAAUCAACUCAUUCACUCUGAAAGCACAUUUGCAACAAGGCUGAUUCAAGAGAUGAAGGCCUCAGGGAAGUUCCCAGACCUGAAGUAUAUCAAAAUUGGUGACCGGAAGAACGUCUAUUCUGAAGAGCACGCACGAACAGUGAAUGUCUCGACUGCUUAUCAACCCAUUGGAGACUAG